GCAGAGAGGUGUGUGGAGGUAAAGGCUAAGGAGGGAUUUUGAAGAGGGAAACUAGCCGCUAUGUUUAUGUGAAGAGACAACGCGCUGACAAGUCUGUAAAGCUGGACGUGGUGCCUCAUUGGAAGAUUUAAUUUAUUUAAUUAUUCAACUGCAGAAAAAGUUUUCCCACAUGGAGGUUGAAUGUCUGGCACUGAAAGAUCUCACAAGCCCCAGGAAAAAAAGUUUCCCCCCGAGGGAAGAGGAGGAGGAUGGUGGUCAAAGCGAGCAAAAGGAAAACAUUUGCACAGAGAGGAGAAGAUCCACGCCCCUGAAAUCUUCAGAGUCCCCCGCCCCUACUUUCCUGAUCAUCAGAAAAGGAGCAACGCCUGACCUGACCCACAUCACCCCCAUCAAACACAGCGUGCUGAACGAGCCGUGGACACCCACAGCCAACCUGAAGAUGCUGAUCAGUGCAGCGAGCCCAGACAUCCGGGACAGAGAGAUGAAGAAGGUGCUGUUCAGACCCAUCGAGAACGAGGAGAAGCCUGCGAGUCCAGAAGUGGUGGAGGACCCAGAGGUGGACGACUCUUGUCAGUUUGAGGCUGCAGAGGAGGAAGACGACACUGACAAGAAGCCAAGUAGAAAGCAGAAAAGUCUGGGUCUGCUCUGUCAGAAGUUCCUUGCUCUGUAUCCUGAUUAUCCUCCUGCACAUAGUCCCAUCUGGAUCUCACUGGAUGAGGUGGCGAAUAGUCUUGGAGUGGAGCGGCGACGGAUCUACGACAUUGUCAACGUGCUGGAGUCUCUCAUGAUUGUGGGACGGAUCGCUAAGAACAGCUACACCUGGUACGGUCGUCAGCGGCUCGAGGCCACGCUGGAGGACCUGCAGCGGAGGGGUCGGCAGCAGGGCUACCACCUUCAAAUGGAGCUGGCCACUGAAGCACGGGGGGCUGGGCCAGGGCCAGGAUAUGAGGACGAUGGAGUAGAGGGAGACCCUGGAAACGCAGGUGGAAACAGGAAGGACAAAUCCCUGCGCAUUAUGAGCCAGAAGUUCGUCAUGCUAUUCCUCGUAUCUAAAACUCAAACUGUGACUUUGGACACGGCAGCUAAGAUCCUCAUCGAGGAGAGCCAGGACUCAUCAAGUCACAGCAAGUAUAAAACUAAAGUGCGACGACUUUAUGACAUUGCAAAUGUGCUGACCAGCCUGGGUCUCAUAAAGAAGGUUCAUGUACGAGACGAGAGGGGCAGGAAGCCGGCCUUCAAGUGGCUCGGACCUGUGGAGUUUAAAAACUCUGACAAUGCAGCUGUAACACUGCCUGGGCUCACACAACCAGCAACAAAGGAGGACAUCAGGACUUUAAAGAUGUCACGCCAUGCUUCUUUUAACAUCACGCCAACCUCUGUGGCCGUCCAGCGGCAGGUCAGCUCAGCGCCCAGCAGUCCACGGCGAGACACUACAGGUCUAUCAAAUCAGCCUGUGGAUUAUUCCAUAAAAACUACAACCAACAACACAGUGCAUAGAUGGAAGGGUGUUGAAAACAAAGAGAUCCGUCCCAGCCCAGCUCAGGAGACCCCCACCUGCACCAGCAGUCCAUUACUUCCGUCCACCUCCCACCCCACCAUGCUGGCACCUUCUCUCCACCCAGAGCACCUCUUCACGAACUCCCCCUCCCCUCACUGUUUGGCCUACCUGCCCAGCCUGUCGCAGCCCUCUGUGGUCAUGCUAUAUAGAGCGUCUGACCAGACUGAAACUCAGAGGUCACCGGGGUCGGAGUCUGAGGAGGGAAGGAAAAGACGGAGGAAUGAAAGGGAAGAGGAGGAGGAGGAAGUGGUGGUGAAAAAGAAGGGAGUGUCUGUGUCAGAGGAUUGUGACAAGAUGAGAGCAGAAGCUCACAGAGAACCAGCAGACAGCAGCACCAGGACUUCUCCUAAUCAUCCUGCAUGUCUCUCCAGAGAGCAGCCAGCCAAUGAGAGUGCUGCUAGCAGCAGGAAUGAGCCGGCCCAGCCGUCACACUACCUCUAUGUACCCAACAAUGCAGGUCUAAACAGCUUCAACUUUCUCCUCUCUGCUGGUCAGACACCAGCUGGUCUUGCACUUCCUCCCAGCAGCGUUCCCGCCCUACCUGUCCCGUACAUCCUGGUGCCCUCUGCAGCCCUCCCUCAUUACCCCCUGGUGACUGGUGGUCUACAACAGCAAGGCACCGAUGCCCACAACAAACUGAGCUUUAGCCUCCCUGCUAUGAUGUCACCUGCUCACUUCAUGGUGGGAGCGGCUCCAUUCGGCCUCACAGCAGCUUCAGAAGUCGGCAGGUCACCGGUUCCGUCACCGUCCACCCCAGAGCAGAGCAGGGUGUACAGGUCAGCUACAGGAGCUCCACACUCGCCUUCGGGACCACGACAGAGCGUCAGCAUCAACACGCCUGAACCACUGACUCCUCAUACUCCUAAGGAAACCACACCGUCUGCUUCCAAGGCCUUCUUCCAGACCCCGGGAACUCUGGGAAAUGUUGCCAGCACUGUUCCAGCUGCUAGAAAACGAGGCUCAGCUCAGAGGAGAUUGGACGUCGGUCACCCUCCUCCAACCUGUUAGACACGAUGAGUGGAGGUGCAUUAGCUGUUUUAACACUCAGGUCUUCAUCCUAAAAGUGAAAAGCGUGGUUUUAAACCACUGGUGCUCUGUUGGCUCGUUAAUUAAUGAAUUGGGGAUUUAUUCUAAAAUUUAAAGAUAGUUUACCGAGACUAAAAUAAUCUUUCCUGAGAUAAAAGACCGUUUUGAACAAAGACUUCUUUUAUUUUGGGUUUCUUCAUACUUGUUGUGUUAGCGGUUGUCGUUAGAACCGUUCAAAGUGCCUCAUGGUUCAAUUAUGGGACAUGAGAUUUCACAGUGAAUGACUGAAGCAGUAUUGCCAAUGUGACAGUGCCCUCCUGUGGUGGGAGUCGGUCACUGCUGUAUUUUGUACAUCAGCCUUAAAUUUCCCUCUUGAACUUGAUCACGCUACCUGAUCCCCCAUCACUUGUGUAUUAUAGCCCAACUGCUAUUUAUAUUUAGAUAAUAUAUGUCGAUUACAGGUACUGCAAUGGAACAUUUUAGCACUAAGUAUUUGACAAAGAUGUGUCUCAUAUUGAAGUGACUGUGUUAAAUUUGCCCCUUGUUUUUUUGUUGCUUUGUCAGGGUAUAAUAGAAGAUCUAUUAGCUGCUGAUCACUGAUUUUAUGAAGAGGAUAGCAGAGCAUCUCCUCGACUUGAUCCAGACAUUACUGAAAGGAAAAAAAUCACUAAAGCCUUAAAUGUUUACAGCCAAUAUGGCAUCUCAAUGAACAGUUCUUGGACUUCUUAAUGCACAGUGCUGCAUUAAUCCACUCAGAUGUUACUUAUGCAGCUUGUUUUUGUGCUAAAUGGUUGAACACCAAACCCUUCAGUGCCAUUACAGACUAAGAGGUGAUGUGAUGAUGCUCUCAGGUACUUGAAUAUUUGUUGACUAG